AUGCACCUCCAGGAAGACCUGGAUGACCAAGAUGACAAGAUUCAUCAUCUGCAGGAUAAAGUCAACAAACUCCUUGGAGUUUGUUGUUCUGGUCCUGCUUCUGUGUCAGAUGAGCAGGAAGCACAUGAUCUCAAAUGGGGGGUGCAGGCUGAGCCUGCUGAUGUCUCAGGCCAGAGGAAACUCUCAGUGCAGCAGGAUGGGCCCACUCAUCCUCCUCUGGAGGAUGUAGUGAUGGUCAACCAUGCUGCUGACUUCCUGGACAUUGAUAAUAUCCACAUGACUGUAGAUGAGGGUGUACCCUCUGCUCAAGUUCAGGAAACCCUGUUUCCUGAGUUCACUGGGACUGAAAAUCCCUACUGGGUGCUCUACCUGGGAGAGGGGUUCAACCCUCGGAGGGGCCCCAUCCUCUUUGUAAGGGUCAACAACAACCUUUAUGCCUAUGAGGGUGAGAAGGUUGAGAGCAUCCAGUGCAACCUCACACUGGCCAUCGUCCCACCUGUCCCAGUGGAUGCUAUCUGCCAACUCUAUGUGAAAGUGUCAAAGGAGCCAGAAGGCAAGGCUCCCAAUGUUAGGAAGGCACAGGACCUCAUCACCUUCUUCAACUUGUGGAAGAGGUGCAGAAUGGGGUUGAACAGGGCCAUUGACCUUGCAUUGAGCAAGUGGAAGCCCCCUGCCUGGUCUUCCAAGAAGUCAUGCAAGAAGAGAGAAGCACUGGAAGGAAAGGGGCAAGCAGAUCGAAUGGAGGAAGGACAAGCCUCCAGAGCAGGAGUACCCCCACCAGUGCCUGGACCCUUUGGAGGGCAUCCAGCAUUGCAGGAGCAGCUAGCAGAUGCUCCUGUGACUCCAGCUUGGGCCUCUGAAGUAGGGUCAACAGCACUUGUUGACCACAUCACACCAGUCAAGACCCAACCAGCCCUUGGUCAAUGCCCAGGACUGAGCUUCACAAAAGGAGCCAAACCCAAGGGUGUUCCUGAGCUCCCACCAAAUGCCCCCUCCCUCAACAAUUCUGUUGAGUCUUGGAGGGAAUUUAUCAACAAGGAGCAGAGGCACUCCUACUGGGGCAGGGAUAAUGAGUCUAAGCUCAUGUCCAUGCUCCCAGGAGUGCUGAGUGCCCCCAGCAGGCCUGAUGACUCUGAAGCAGAGUGGGCCCAUCAAGCAGCCAGAGAAUAUGUUGGCUGCAUUAUGGCCAGUGGAGGGGAUAAUAACCCUCAGGCCUUGGCAAAGAUCAAGCCCCUGAGAAAGGCUCUUGACAAACCUUGCCCUGAGGGUGACACUGGCUCGAAGGAGUGUCGAGGAUAUGCAGUCAGUCAGCUCCUGACUGACCACCUGCCCUUGUGGGUUGACAACCUGCAGGUCAUUUCCACCUUUGCCAUGGUGGUGUUCAUGUAUGACCUCCCUCACUGCCCUUGUGGGGGGGUAUCUGCCAGCAGGGGAAAUUCCCCUAUGAAAGAUGCAGAGAUCAAGGAGGGUGAGAUGAUGGAGGACCUGUUCAAGAAAGAGAACAGGUCAUGGAUGUGA